AUGGAUGAGACCAUCGCAGGCGAUACCGAAAUAGAUUAUUGCAACUGCGGAGAGAUCGUAUUUCAUGGUCAUUAUAUUAGUGAGGAUGAUGUUAUAGAAAACAAUCCUCAAGUUAUGAACCAAAUCAGAUCGAACUUCCAAACAAUCGUGGUUUCGGAGCCAAAUGGUAUUAUAAUCAAAAGGCUGUCAAACGUUAGUAUUGUUCAGCCACAUUCGAAUAUGUUCGAGAUUGUUUGUCAAAAAUGUAAAAUCGGCUUUAGAUUGAUCCUUGGUCGUGACUUAUGUUACUCAUGCCGUAUUGAAGAAUGUUUAAUUCAGCCAAAUUCUUCAAAAACUUCAAUAUUGAAGAGACCAAUGUCAUCUUUCUUCCCUAUUAAUCUUCGAAGAUUCGUUAAAGAGCAAACACCAGAUCCUACAGCCGCAUUCAUUCAACAAGCAAAGUCUGUUUGCUCACCAACUUUGCCAAUGGCCAAUUGCUUACCAGAAAUGGAUGAUGAUGCAGAUUUCGAUAUGAUGUUUUCUUCCAAACAGCAAUGCAUUGUCGGAUCGUUUACAGAUCAAUGGAUAUUAAGUCCAGAGUUUUCUUAUGAUCAAAAUUAA